UAACCCGGGCCACACUGGUUGGCCAAACUCGUCUUUUGCACUCCGUUCUGGUUGCGUCUGCCCACGCUGGUUUGUAUUCAUUGUACAGAAGUUGCCGAGUCGUAGUCCCAGCAGUCUGUUUCUCAAAGGCUGUGUGCCUCCACCGAGUAUCGCUGAUCAUUUUAAUCUAUUUAGUGUAUCCUGGUAUAUUACCAGAAUGAAAGCAAACGCUGGGACGGACCCGCUGGUCGCCGCGGUGGACCAGGGCACCAGCUCGACGCGCUUUCUGGUGUUCAAUGCUAGAACGGCCGAGGUUGUGAGUCAGCAUCAGGUGGAGAUCACACAGUUUUUUCCCAAAGAGGGCUGGGUGGAGGAGGACCCCAAAGAGAUCAUCCAGUCAGUGUACGACUGCAUAGAGCGGACGUGCGAGAAGCUCGGUCAACUCAACAUCGACCUCUCCAACAUUAAAGCGGUGGGCGUGACCAAUCAGAGAGAGACAACAGUGGUGUGGGAUAAGGGGACCGGGGAGCCACUCUACAAUGCCCUGGUUUGGCUUGAUCUGCGUACACAGUCCACGGUGGAAAGACUCAUCAACAAGUCCCCGGGCAAGAACAAAAACCACCUCAAGCCCAAGACGGGCCUGCCCAUCAGCACCUACUUCAGCGCGGUGAAGCUGCGCUGGCUACUGGACAACGUGGAGGAGGUCCGCCGGGCGGUGGAGGAGGACAGGGCCAUGUUUGGUACGGUGGACUCAUGGAUCAUAUGGUGUCUGAGUGGGAACACGGACGGAGGCGUUCACAUCACGGACGUGUCCAACGCCAGCCGCACCCUGCUCUUCAACAUCCACACCCUGGACUGGGACCUCGAGCUCUGCAGGUAUUUUGACGUCCCCAUGGAUAUUCUGCCCAAAGUUAGGAGCUCGUCGGAAAUAUAUGGAUGCAUGAAGUCCAGCUCUCUCUCAGGGGUGCCAAUCUCGGGGUGUCUCGGGGAUCAGUCUGCCGCCCUGGUUGGACAGAUGUGCUUCAAGGAAGGCCACGCCAAAAACACGUAUGGAACGGGCUGUUUUUUGCUACGAAACACUGGAUCCAAGCCGGUGAAGUCUGAGCACGGGCUCCUCACCACUGUGGCCUAUCAGCUGGGCAGGGACCAGCCCGCCUGCUACGCUCUCGAGGGGUCGGUUGCCAUAGCGGGGGCGGUUGUCCGGUGGCUAAAGGACAAUAUGGGAAUUGUCAAGUCAACUGCCGAGAUAGAGAAACUGGCAGCUGCCGCGGGCUCGUCUUACGGCUGCUACUUUGUUCCGGCAUUUUCCGGGCUCUACGCCCCCUACUGGGAGCCCAGUGCACGAGGAAUCAUCUGUGGGCUGACUCAGUUCACCAACAAAAACCACCUGGCCUUCGCUGCCCUGGAGGCGGUCUGCUUCCAGACCAGAGAGAUCCUGGAUGCCAUGAACCAGGACAGCGGUGUUCCUCUAGACCAGCUCUGGGUGGACGGAGGGAUGACCUCCAACCGGCUGCUGAUGCAGCUGCAGGCCGAUAUCCUCUGCAUCCCCGUUGUGCGCCCCACCAUGGCGGAGUCCACGGCCUUGGGGGUCGCCAUGGCUGCAGGCGCGGCUGAGGGAGUGAAUGUCUGGGACCUGACCACCGAUCAUCUUCCCCAGGUCGUCUCGGAGACCUUUGUGCCCCAGAUUAACCCUAACGAGAGUGAGUUCCGCUUCUCCCGCUGGAAGAAGGCUGUGCAGAAGGCCAUGAACUGGGAGACCAUAGAACCUGCCAGCCUCUCAAACGGAUUAGAGAAGAAGAUGAAGGGCCCUCCCUGGGGGGUCCUGCCGAGCCCUCCACCGAACCGAGCCGACCCCUGAGAUCAAAAGCAAUAGCUGAACUUGGGAGAACCUUUGGUGGCCAAAGGCAACAAAGAAGGCCAUUGUGUGACCAAACGGAAGAUAAAAUUGCAGUUUGACCUUGACACUCACUGCCGUCAAAACAGCAUCGAACAUCUCAAUUGGGAUUUCUUUGUUAUUUUUGUGAAAAUUUGAAUGUGAAGACGAUUAAAUUGGUGCUGCAGUCCAAAUGCACAAUAUUUAAGUUAUCUCCUCCCCAGACCCUGCCCACCCCUCCUCCCCAGACUCCGCCCACCCCUCCUCCCCAGACUCCGCCCACCCCUCCUCCCCAGAAUCCGCCCAACCCUCCUCCCCAGAUUCCGCCCACCCAAUCCUUCCCAGAAUGAACGCAAGCCCAAUUAUAAUUUUAAAUGUCAAGCGUUAAGUCCUACACUAAGUUUAUCGGCUAAUGUUACGUUCGCCAAUUUUAAACCAACACAUCACGGAAACAUAACAUUGUCGGAGGAAACAUCUUUUUGCAAAUUGUCAUGAACGGUUAAAAGAGAAAUCUCAUGCGUGUCAUUUCCAGUAGCAAAACAAACUGCCAUGCUCAGUUAGGUUCACAAUUAAGUCCUCCUCCUCAAGAAAUACUGUAUAUAUUUGACCACUGGCCAUAACCUUAUUUCAUUUUCCACUUUGUGGAAGCAAUGAAGGUUUAAUUUCCUCCAAGAAACUCAAAUUUAGUAACUUGAGAUGACUUUGAAGCUUUGACAUUUUGUUAUCCUUCGAAGGUGUUUUACUAUUUCUCUGAAUGUGAUGGUUGAAAAACUGAAUUUCUCAACCAAAUGUUUGCGCAUGCUCUGCCAGCUCUGGAACGCACUUUAUCAAUGACAUUGUGUCGAGCAUGGGCUAAUUAAAAGGGAUUUCAUGAGGGAAUGUGAAAUUGGGCUUUUAAUUAAUCAAUUUAAUUGACACAUCUAUGCAGUACUGUCAAGUCAAAAUAUUUUAGCCUGCUACAUGUUGGAAAUCAAACCUGCCAUAAGAUCACCUAGAACACAGGUCAUGGCCCAGAUCAGAAACUGUAUACAUGUAUUGGGGUCUUGGUGACCGGGUUUGGUUACUUCCACUAAAAUAUCAGACUGAUGAUUCAUUUUAAAAAGGGCGAAAAACAAAUCAAGCUGUUUUUUGUUGAAACAUGUACAUAUGUUCAAAUCCUAUUUGUCUGAGAUGUAAUUUCAAUGUGCAAGAGCCCCUCUACUGAAAUGUACAGAUGUUUUAAUAAAACUCUUGAAAAUUGAA